AUGGCUUCGCUGGGAGAGGAGCUCCUCAACAUUGUCAACAGGCUGCAGGACCUUGUUUUCAACACCAUUGGAAAUGACUCCCUCGACCUGCCCCAGAUUGUUGUCGUAGGAUCACAAUCAUCGGGGAAAUCUUCGGUGCUCGAGAACAUUGUCGGCAGAGACUUCUUGCCCCGAGGUAGCGGCAUCGUCACCAGGCGGCCGCUCAUUCUCCAGCUCAUCAACCUGCCCAGCGAACGCGACGAUGCCGACGAAGACGACGAGGUCCACGUGCCCCACACUCCGGCGAGCGUUGCCGGGCAGCAGGAAUGGGGAGAGUUCCUGCACAUCCCCGGGCGGAAGUUCUACGACUUCGGCGAGGUCAGAAAGGAGAUUGAGAACGAAACGUCGAGGAUAGCAGGAAACAACAAGGGCAUCAACAGGCAGCCCAUCAACCUCAAGAUUUACUCGCCGCACGUGCUCAGCUUGACACUUGUCGAUUUGCCUGGGUUGACCAAGGUUCGUGCGAAGGCGCUCGCUGUUCCCAUUGGCGACCAGCCAACAGACAUCGAAAAGCAGACACGCGGUCUCAUCACCGAGUACAUUGCGAAGCCGAACAGUGUCAUUCUCGCCGUCUCGCCCGCCAACGUCGAUCUCGUCAACUCGGAGGCGCUGAAGCUCGCCCGCCAUGUCGACCCCAUGGGAAAGCGGACCAUCGGUGUCCUCACAAAGCUGGAUCUAAUGGACCACGGCACUAACGCCAUGGACAUUCUCUCUGGACGCGUGUACCCCCUCAAGCUGGGUUUUAUCGGUAUUGUCAACCGCUCACAACACGACAUCCAGACCAGCAAGUCGCUCCACGAUGCUCUCUCCGACGAGCGCGACUUCUUCCGACACCACCCCGCCUACCGGAACAUGGCGAACAAGUGUGGAACCCAGUUCCUCGCAAAGAGCCUGAACCAGACCCUCAUGGCACAUAUCCGCGACCGGUUACCAGACAUCAAGGCGAGGCUGAACACCCUGAUGGGACAGACACAGCAGGAAUUGGCCAGCUACGGCGAUGUCGCUUUCACCGGAAAGGAACACCGAGGCUCUCUCAUACUCCAGCUUAUGACCCGCUUCGCUUCGUCCUUCAUAUCGUCCAUUGACGGAACCUCGACCGAAAUAUCUACUAAAGAGCUGUGCGGUGGUGCCAGGAUAUACUACAUUUUCAACUCCGUCUAUGGCAAUUCCCUAGAGCAGGUUGACCCCACCAUGAACCUCUCCGUCCUCGACAUCCGGACAGCCAUCCGUAACUCCACUGGACCGCGGCCCAGUUUGUUUGUACCAGAGUUGGCUUUCGACUUGCUGGUAAAACCUCAAAUUAAGCUUUUGGAGAUACCGAGUCAGCGUUGUGUGGAGCUGGUCUACGAAGAGCUCAUUAAGAUCUGCCACACCUGCGGAUCAACCGAGUUGACCAGGUACCCUCGACUGCAGGGCAAGCUGAUCGAAGUGGUGUCCGAUCUGCUCCGAGAACAACUCGGUCCGUGUUCAACCUACGUCGCUUCGCUCAUCGACAUUCAAAGAGCAUACAUCAACACUAAUCAUCCCAAUUUCCUUGGCGCAGCAGCUGCCAUGUCAGCCGUCAUCAACGACAAGGAACAGAGGGAAAAGAAGAUUGCUAUGGAGGCGGAGAAGAAGAAGAGGGAGAAGAGGCGGUUGAAGGAGCUCAACAUUGCUGAGGCCAACGGUGGUGAGCUACUCGAGAAUGGCGAAGAGCUCGAAACCCCCGCAUCUGCAAAGAGUCUGCCCCUGCGGAAACACCAAACACAGGCGAGCCGCAGUAUGUCACCAGCAGUCGGCCGUUUAUUGAACGGCCAAGGUAGCAUAUCAGGCCAGCUCAACAACCGGCAAAGGUCGCCCCCAGCACCACAGCGCGACAGCUUCCUGAACUACUUCUUUGGGAAAGAUGGCGCAACCGCGUAUGCCAACUCAGCAAACACUGUACAGCAACCUGGAGACAACCGGCCCGGAAGCCGGCACGUCAGCCAAAAUGUCGAACCCAGCUUCGCACAGAGCAUUCGGACCCGGGAAGUUCGACAACCUACUCACGUUCUGGAGAUGCUUCCCGAUGAAGACGACGCUCCAAUGAGUCCCAUUCGGGACCACGGUUUUGAGGGUGGCUUCCCAUCCGACCCAGAAUCAGCACCCGCCCUCACUGAGCGCGAAGCUCUUGAGACAGAACUUAUCCGCCGCCUCAUCUCCUCGUACUUUAACAUUGUGCGAGAAACCGUCGCAGACCAAGUUCCUAAGGCCAUUAUGCACCUCCUCGUCAACCACUCCAAAGACGUCGUGCAAAACAGGCUCGUCUCGUCGCUGUACAAGGAAGAUCUCUUCCAGGAGCUCCUGUACGAAGACGACACGAUCAAGGCCGAGCGCGAGAAGUGCGAGAAGCUGCUCAAGACGUACAAGGAGGCGGCGAAGAUUGUGGGCGAGGUAUUGUAA